UAUGUGUUUAAUACUAUAAGCGUGUAUAUACUAUAUAACACACCACAUCCACAUACACUCUUUUUCAUUCAUAAACCUCAAAAUUUUCUCAAAAUUUCACUAUCCAAUGUCAUCUCCUUCCUCCGUAGAAUCAGUUCGAGAUCUUCUCAACAAACCAUGGAAAACCUUCCUCUUCCCCACAAUCAAAAGCGAUCACUUCUACCUAUUCCUCAAACUCGGUCUCGCCAUCUCCAUCAUCUUUCUCAUCUCACACUUUUUCUACCUCUCAAUCUCUUAUCAAAAGCCACAAAACCAACUCAAUCAAUUAGCCCUAAAACAAAUGUUCCAAUCCGAAAUUCCCAAAACCCUAACCCAACCUCCCAACACAUCUCCAGAUCCUAUUCCAACCAAUACUCCAACCACUAUUCCAACCAAUAUCUCACACAUCGUCUUCGGAAUCGGCGCAACCUAUUCCACCUGGGAGAAUCGUCGUCACUAUAGCGAACUCUGGUGGAACCAUACUGUCACACGAGGCUUCGUCUGGCUCGACACCGCCCCGCCGAAGAACGAAACCUGGCCGAAAACUUCUCCGCCCUACAAAGUGUCCGCCGAUACAUCCUCCUUUAAAUACACAUGCGAUUACGGCUCUCGUUCAGCAAUCCGCAUCGCGCGGAUACUGAAAGAGACAUUCAAUCUAGGGUUAGAUAAUGUCAGAUGGUUCGUGAUGGGUGACGACGACACGGUAUUCUUUCCGGAAAAUCUUAUUACGGUGUUGUCGAAAUAUGAUCAUAAUCAAUUGUAUUAUAUUGGUGGAAAUUCGGAGAGUGUGGAGCAAAAUGUUGUGCAUUUUUACACGAUGGGUUAUGGUGGCGGAGGGUUUGCUAUAAGUUAUCCUUUAGCGGCGGAGCUGGUGAUGAUUUUGGAUGGUUGUAUUGAUCGGUAUGCUGAUUUAUAUGGAUCUGAUCAGAAAAUUCAGAGUUGCAUUAGUGAAAUUGGAGUUCAGAUUACUAAGGAACCUGGGUUUCAUCAGAUUGAUAUACAUGGGAACCCUUAUGGGUUAUUGGCAGCACACCCAGUAGCACCAUUGGUGUCACUGCAUCAUUUAGACUACGUGGACGCAUUUUUCCCAGACAUGGACCGGGUAGAGUCACUUAAUAAGUUAAUUACCGCGUAUAAAUCGGAUCCAGGUCGGACCAUCCAACCGAGUUUCUGCUAUGACCACACCCGGAAUUGGACCCUGUCAGUUUCUUGGGGCUACGUUGUUGAAUUGUAUCCCUAUUUUCCCACGGCCAAAGAGCUUGAAACGCCGUUCUUAACCUUCAAAACAUGGAAGAGUUGGAGUGAUGGUCCGUUUACAGUAAAUACACGGCCCAUUAGUUGGGAUAUAUGUCAUAGGCCGCUAGUAUAUUUUCUAAAUGAGAUUGAUGUGGGACAAGGAAAGACUCAGUCUAAUUAUAAAAGAUACGCCAGCCCAAUUCAUUAUGAGUGUGAGCGCGCUGAUUACACGCAACCUUUAAAAGUUCAAUAUGUGAAUGUAUCGGCUCCUAUAUUUUCUUCUGGCUUGUGGAACAAGGCGCCACGUAGACAAUGUUGCGAAAUAAUCAACGGCUCAGAUAGUGUGGUCCAGGUCCAGGUAAGAGCAUGUCAACCGUUUGAGAGUCUAACUCCUCAUUAAGGAUUUACAAUACCUUGAAGAGAAGGGAAGGAAUUUAUGAAGUCCUUGGUAAAUGAAGAUUCAAAAGGAGUAUUGACUCAAGAAGGGUUUGAUUCAAUAGGAGGAUGAAUUGAUAGUUAAUGUUCAUUAGGAAGAGAAUUCUUUAGGUUUUCUAAAUUCAAAAUGUGCACAUAUAUUAAGUGAUUUUGUAGCAACUUGUGUUACUAUGGAGAUUAUUUCCUUUAGUUGGGGAUGAUUGUAAUAGAGAGAUUUAAAGUUAAAUUUUUUAAUUAAGUUCAAACAUGAUUGAGUUAGAGAUCCAUAUAAUAUCUUGAAACAUUUUUCUAUCAACAACUUUACUAUGUAUCUUUUUUAAUGAAUUUUAG